CUUAGAGGUACUAGAGGGUUUCAGAUAUUCUUUGCUUCCAAGUGAUCAAGUGGUGUCUGGUCGACCCUUGGCGUGUCCACUGUUGUUAUGUGGACAUCAUGAUUAUUCCAGUCUAAUUGAUUUCUACCCCAUAAUACCAGGUCCGUUUUUUCCCUGCUCUGUCAGUUUUUUCCCCGCUCUUGUAGUUACAUGGUCGUGAGAGAUUGCCCCACUCCCAGCCCC